AUGUGCAAAUUCCCUUGGCAGCUUUUAUUUAGAAAUUCCUCAGUCAAUACAGCAGCAGCGAGCAGCUCAGAUCACAGCCCACUUGUGGUGUUGAUAUCUACUGUUGAACAGCUUGCAACCAGAGUUGAAAAACCCUUUAGAUAUGAGGCCAGCUGGGCUGUAAAGGAGGAAUGCAAGAAAGUGAUUGAGGAGUCUUGGAACAGAAAUAAGAUGAUGUCCAACAAGUUGAUGGUGGCUAGAGAAAACCUAAAGAGGAGUAGAGAAAAACUGAGUUGGUGGAGCAAAAACUCAGUGCAGCCUGAUACAAAGAUAAUCCAUAACAGGUUCCAGAAGCUACAAGCUCUCCAAAAAGCAAAUAAAGGGGAUCUCAAAGAGGAGAUUCAGGCCACUAAAAAAGAGAUUAAUCAGCUACUUGAAGAGGAAGACACUUAUUGGAGACAAAGGGCCAAGCAUAAAUGGCUCCUAGAGGGAGAUAGAAAUACCAGAUUAUUUCACUAG